ACUUUAACUAGCUAUGCGAUAAAUACCUUAAAAUUAAUAGGAUCUACGCUUUUCCUACGGUUAAUGCUACAUAAUUAUAAAGGGAGAUGUGUUUUAAGUGUCAUUUCCCCUUCAAGGUCUCGUUGAACGUUUUCUGAAGACUUAUUUAGACGGAACUACAGCGAAAAGGUUUCUUCACGUGUAAAGACAUCGGGACGCUUUUUGAAAAUGAAGAAUAUUCCCGAAGGAAAAUCGAACGAGUUCCUCUUCAACGCGUCACUGCUUUUCAAAGAAAAGUGCCCAGAGCUGUCACGACAUCUCUUGCAGCGCUGUGUAAAGGAUAACGAGACACCAAAGAUAUGCAUUUCCAAUCCGGUCCAGAACAUGCCUGCAUGUCCGUACUGUUACCAGUUCCUGAAGCCUGGCAACCAUCGGGUGCGGCUGAGGCCCAAGCGCCGCCCCUCGGCGCGGGUGCAGAGCGUCCUGCUCAGGCAGGCCAGAGGGAAGCGGCUGAGCCUUGUGCAGAAACACCUGCUGCUCCGCUUCCAGAAGUCGUCCUCGGUGCUGAUGGCCACCUGCUACACCUGCACUAAGACAUCCAGACACAAAGGGAUGGAAAGGGAUUUUAUAUCCACCUUCUCCAAGAGCCACUGCACGCCAGGGAGUGUUGGCAAGCCCAAGACCCCUCAGUCCAGCAACAAAUCCAACAUGAAGACUCCCAGCAAAAACAAGACACCUUCCAAUACACCGAGGUCCUCCAUCUGUUCCAGCAUUUCAGCAUCAGGCUCAACUUCCUCCUCGUCUUCCUCAAAAAAGAAAAACUGGGUCGUCCAGCGUCUCAGCAAGAUCCUUCUGCGGGAGGACAACCAGGACAGCAAGAAGGGGGGAUUGAAAGAUUUUCUUUCCUCAAUCUGAGAAACUCAUAAAUGCGUUUUGUCUUUAAUGCUACCCGGUGUGAACACUUUACACCAGAGGGCACGAGGGAAACUUAAACUAGCUCGGGUUUCCAGGUCAGUCUGGGAAGGGUUACUGUUGCUGGGCCGGGUGAAAUGUUGCUCCUGGAAUCUGGACCGUAAUAACUGGGGGCACCGAGCUGUCACCUCAAGGUCUGCUGAGUCCGAGGGGAAUUAAUCUCCCGCUUAAUUGAACGUAUGCCUCCUUUAUUAUCUCCCUAACUGGAGAUGUCACUCUUCCCACAGUGUUGGAGGAAUUACUCAGUGUCUGUCAGAAUGCUGUGGCAUCACACUAUGGCAUUUUUGGUAUGAGGAGCUGUUUUACUAAACUUAUUCACACAUUUAUAAUAAAAAUACAUGGAACAAUUAAAUGUUCAUACUGUGUGAUGUUAAAACAUUUAUAUUAGAAUUUAUUGACUCACUUAAUUUUUUUUGUCCCCAUCUAGUGGGUGAUUUGUCUGUGUAAAUAAAUCUGCUAUGGGAGACUGUCAAAUGUGUAUAUAUUUUGACAUUGUUGCAUUUUUUUUUUAAUGUGCAUACAAAUCAUGGACUUUCAAAUAGCAAACUGUUUACAUUGCAAAGGCACAUCUGCCUAAAAUAGUCUGUCACAGACUUGAUAUUCACUGUAGUCUGAAUUAUUGUUAGAUUGUAGUAGAUGUUUGUGGAAGGUUUCUCUUUGCAUAAUUGUGUUAAGAGCAGGAGUAUUAAAUAUAUAUAUAUACUGUAUUUCUACUGCGUGAUUAUGCACUCAUGUAUACUCAAUGAAGAACAUGUGACGAAAUCCUGAAAUACCUCACAUUUCUAUACAAAUCACUGUGAUUCUCUAAAAUUAAACCUUUUCAAUUUAUGAAA